UAUAUUUGAACUUGCUUGUCUUUUGAAACCACGUACUGCUCAGUGGAUCCCCUUGUUGUGUCCCUUCCUGAAACUGUGCACCGUAUUGUUAUUCAAAGAAAGUUCGGCUCUUGAGAUAUGUCCCGGAUACGGGAGGUAUGGGCGCCAAAUCUUGAGGCAGAAAUGCACAACAUACGAGAGCUCAUCGACCAAUACCCUUACGUUGCAAUUGACACGGAAUUUCCGGGCGUAGUUGCACGACCAAUAGGCACUUUCAAAACAUCUUCAGACUAUCACUACCAGACAAUGCGAUGUAAUGUCGACCUGCUCAAGCUAAUACAAGCCGGUAUCACACUCGCGGAUGAAGAGGGUAAUUUCCCCCAGGAUGUCACAACUUGGCAAUUCAAUUUCAAGUUUAGCAUAAGUGAAGACAUGUAUGCGCCAGAAUCAAUCGAUCUAUUACAGAAAUCAGGGCUCGAUUUCCAGCGUCACGAUGAGAUGGGAAUACUGCCGUAUGACUUUGCUGAACUCUUGAUCACAUCGGGUCUGGUCCUUUCACCCGAGGCCAGGUGGAUAUCAUUCCAUAGUGGCUAUGACUUCGGUUACCUCGUCAGACUUUUGACUGCGAUGUCCUUGCCAACGUCGGAAGAACAAUUCUUUGAAUGGCUGCGCACUUGGUUCCCUUAUUGCUAUGACAUCAAGUUCAUGAUGCGUGCCUCCAAGUCCCUGAAAGGAGGGCUACAGGAAGUCGCGGAUGAUCUUGGUGUGAUGCGUAUAGGAACAUCACAUCAGGCCGGGUCAGAUUCCCUUCUUACUGCAUCGACCUUCUUCAAAAUGCGAGAACUCUACUUCAAUGAUCAAAUAGACGACGCCGAAUAUAACUGUAAGCUGUACGGUCUAGGUCAGACCUUCGCAGUAUCCAACGGCAUCACUGAUACCGGCCGAGGUGGAGCUACCAUUGCCGAACGAGAAGAUAGGGGGAUACCAAGAGAUUCACAAAACCAGACUCCUGCUUUGUCUGCCCCCCAGAAUCAGGGUGUAAUAAUGGGUAUAGGAGUUCCUUUACCUACUCCAGCACUAGGCGGUGCCCUGCCUGCGCCGCUACCAUCUGGCACAUCAUAUGGGCCUAUGGGAGCAAAUGGCCCGUUCAUACGGACGGCGAUCGGGGUAGGGGGGAGAUAGCCUGCAUUUCGUUUUCUCCUUUUUCGUAGGAUUGUUUUAUGGGUUCACAUCGACAGGCAUGUUAAGAGCUGCUCGCAAGCUUAACAAGUCAAUGAUAUCGAUGAUACUACUAAGGAUAAAUCAUCCGCUGCAUCACCGCUGUUCUGCCCGGCGAGCAUGAAUUGUAUCUACACAUUAGCGAGUGUUACCCGAUGGGGUGCGGACUCCAAUGUUUUCGACGUCGUAUAC